AUGCCUCUGAUUACUGCGGUGGUGCUUGUUUUGAGUACUUGUAUGCUGAAUGUUGUAAUUGAUACUCGGCCUCAGUUUCUCAGUUACACUCCAAGAGAAGACACUCUCUCCUAAAGAGAAAACAGAUCGUCCCAUUAAAGAUAACUCAAGAUUUUAUUAUGUUAAUUUUUCUCAAUUCUAAAUUGUCUAUCACUCAAGAAUGUUGCAAAUUGAUUAUAAUUACAAAAAUUUAACUAGACCCAGAUGAAAAAACAUUUCUGUUGAUAAGCAAGCGGUUUUAACAGGUUUAUUUACUUCAAUAAACGAAAGCUUUACAUCUCUCGUUUGAAAAGUGUUCUGACAAACAUGGAAGUAUCUUUCAUGGUCUCCGCAAAUUAAUUUUCUUCUAUCUCGUUUAACGCUUCCUUGGAAAGAUUGACAAAACGUCAGGCAGCCAUUUCGAAAUUUAGCGUUCCUGCUUAAUCACCUCGCGCGAGGAAAAACGUGUCACUAUUUGGUUCCAUUCUUUCCUGUGGAAAAAAGACACCAUGACUUAGUUCAAACUAUACACUAAUGAAUUGUGCUUUGGAGCCACUAAUAGCAAAUGUAUUAAACCGAAACAUAUUCUCUGUCUGUUGAGACAGUUUUGCAGCGUUCAGUGCCCAGAUGAACACAUGUCGUGGUUUUCUCAUGCUGGAUGUUAGUUUAAAAGUACCUGCUCGCUGUUGUGUAGUUGGACUGAUUUCAACACGUUCCUUCAAAUAGAACCAAGUGUGUGGUUUCAAAUAAUUCUGCAAAAACAUCUGUUCACCUCUUGCAUUAAACAUCACCUUUGGUACCCAUAAGACAAACCUGGUGACAAGGUAUCUCCCAGGAACUCCACCAGCUAUGAAAAGGUGUUUAUCCAUAUGACUAUGUAAGCAGUUUUGAGAAGUUUAACGAAACAAAAUUACCAGAUGAAGAUGACUUUUAAAGAACGUUAAAUGAUGAGCAUAUAUCUGAUGAGCGAUAUGAACAUGUAAAAAAGGUAUGGAAGAUGUCUAAUAUAAAAUCAAUCGGAGAAUAUCAUGAUCUAUAUCUUGAAUGAGAUGUUCUUCGAUUAUCGGAAGUGUUUGAAAACUUUAGAAACACAUGUUUGCAAAAUUACAAGCCAGAUCCAUGCCAUUACUUUACACCUCCUGGACUGUCAUGGAAUGCUGUGUUGAAGAUGACCGACAUCAAACUGGAAUUAAUGACAGAAAUUGAUAUGUUUUUAUUUAUUGAAAAAGGUAUAUGGGGUGGAAUCAGUUAUAUUACUAACAGAUAUGGAAAAACUAAUAAUAAACAUAUGAAAACCAUAACAAAGAGGAACCAUCAAAGUAUAUUAUGUAUGUAGAUGCCAAUAACUUGUACGGAUAUGCCAUGAAAGGUGGUCAAAGAAGAGCCACAGGUCCAAUCUGGUCUGUGAAGGUCUUAAAUAUCGAAAAAUCACUUGUGAAUAAAGGUGAGCCUAUUCUCUACUAUCUUAAAGAUGGACUAAAGUGUGGUUUCGUCAGAGAAGAGCUUGAGAUUGUUCCUCCUCGAAAUUAGUUACCUCCUAAAGGAAUUCGCUGAUUUGAGAAAAAACUAUUAAAAAUGCAUCAAGACCCCCCGUCGUUCAAGAGAAUAAUAUUCACAUUCUCUUCAGAACUCGCGAGUGAGACAUUGUUAACCUGUGUAAAAAUUCAAGUUGCCUUAAAAUCAAGGUUGUUUUGAAAAUGCGUCAGAAGUGUUUUUUUGAAAUCAAGGUUGAAAUCAACCUUGAUUUCGAGAUUUAAAAAUUCAUGAGUUGCCUUGAAAUCAAGGUUGUUUAAAAAUGCACCAUAACCCGCUUUGUAUAUCUACUGGCAUUAAUAAUUGUGUUUUUGUUUAUUUCGCCAUUUUAAUCGGUAAUGUAACCUCUAUACUAUUCUACAGACCUUGAUCCUUGCCCACUCCUCCCCAGUCUGCAAGUUUUGUGGUGGUACAUUGUCCAUCUACAUUUACACAAUCCUUGUCAAUAGCCUGAUAAUUCUCAAGGCAAACCUCAUAUCCUGAUGAGCUGAUUAUGGUCUGAGAAUUUCCACAGGUUUUUAUGUAUACAUAUAUAUUUUUUUGCAAACUUCUGAGCAGUUUUUUUCUUUUUCUUUUAUCCUGACUUCUGAUGAAUGCACAAAGUUCUCGUAAAAUAAUUGUUGUUGAGUCAGUGAUUUAACAAUUUUUUUUGUUACAACAAUCUGUCUCAUUCUUUCAGAGCAAUCCUAGUCCAAAACACAGAACGCAACAUGAAGACUUUCGGGCGAACUUAUAUUAGCGCCGGUUACAUCAAGUACAUAGAAUCUGCAGGAGGAAGAGUUGUACCAAUUCGGUAUCCUUUGAACUGA